AUGGGAGAAAGUGCUCGAGGAAGAGGGUAUAGACGAGGUAUUCGUGCAAGACGAUUUGCACCUUACCAGAGUAGAAUGCGGGGACCACGAGGAGCAAAAAUCACUUCAUACCACAGCCACUCAGAGGCUGAUCAGUCAGGUUCAGAUGACUCAACGCAGCCUCCCAGUCAUCCAUGGGAGCAGCCAUGUCCCAAUCCAUUGCCCCCACCUGAGCCGAUUAGAGACCCCCCACCUGAGUCGCGUAGAGCACCCUCACCCGUAAGAGAACCCCCACCUGAGACGCGUAGAGCACCCUCAACCACUUAUACUGAAUUUUUGUUUGCUGAAAAUACAGAUUUGACUAUCCCCACGAUGCCCAACGCAAACGAAGAACAGCCCAAACGGAGACGUGGGCCAGCUAAGUGUCUUGAGUUCGAGAAGUUGAGAUAG